GUUGAGUGGAGCCUUAGGUCGCAUCAUUAGAGUGAAGACACUUAUUCGCAAAAUGGGCAAAAAAGAAAAGCCAUCCAGACACAUCAAGUGUGAGAUUCGAUUCGAUAAUAAUCCGCUUGCGAUCUAUCGGCCAGGCGAUGCGGUUACUGGUUUUGUUGAGCUGACGCUGUUGAAAAAUAAGAAAUUUAGAGGCAUUUGUCUAAGGAUUAACGGCUUCGCUUCAACUUAUUGGGGCUCCAAGGUGAAAAAUGGAUCGACAAACUAUAAGAAACGAAACAUUAGCUUCAAGGGUCGCGAAGACUAUUUCAACACUAUUAGCUAUCUGGUCGGUUCGGACGUGGGAAAUCCUCUGGAAAUUGUUGCUGGCUCCUACAGUUACCCAUUUUCGGUUGUGAUUCCGGCGAAUGCUCCCGCCUCAAUGGAGGGUACGUUUGGGCAUAUUCGUUACAUGAUUCAACUGACUCUUGAGCGGCCAUGGAAACACGACAUCGUAAAUACAGCUCCAUUCACCGUUCGAGUAGAUUCCGACUUGAAUCUGCUUGCGGAAACGUUGUCACUUCCAACCAAAGCGGAAACGGUAUCAUGCUUUUAUUUUGGCCUUACGGAACCAUUAGUAGUAACAGCGACUACUCCUCGAUCCGGAUAUGCUCCUGGAGAAGUAAUCGAAAUGGUUAUGCACGUGAAUAACCAAAGCAUCGUAGACAUCAGAACAAUACUAGUUAAGCUACAAAGAGUAGACACGUUCAUAAGCCAAGUGCCCUGGGUUGACAAGAAGGUAGAAUACACCGUUCUAGAAGAGCGCUACACAGGAAAAAUUAGCCGCAGACACAAUGCCCGUUUCGAGGAGAACAUACUGAUAGGAGCCGGGACUCCCUCCAACGACAGUCUUUGUCGUAUCGUCUACACCCAAUACGAAAUUGAAAUUGUAGUGCAUCCUAGCCGGUCCAGAAAACGGCCCACGCUACGACUGCCGAUCGUACUCGGAACAGAAGGAUUGACAAGUAGCAACCUAAACCCCGAAGCGAUUAUCGAGAAACAGCGGCUGGCCAUGGCGGAUUUCAGGCCACCAUCAGCCCCACCAGCUCAAAUGGCGACAUCCGAGGCAAUGGCGAUUCCACCCCCACCAUACACGGACCUGCCACAGAAUAGUGUAAGCACGUUUCAGUCCUAUUCACUAGAGGGACCUGCGGAAAACGAAUGUGCCAAAGGAUCCGAACCGUACACGCCGAGAGACUAUUGAAAGCUGUUUGUAGCAGAAGUCUGUUGUAACGUGUUUAUUUUAGUUAUUCAAAUUUUCAGUAUCGGAAUGUAUUCCGAUGCUCAUAUUUAGUUUAGUUUUAGUUUAGUUUAGUUUAUUUGAUACAUGACGUAAGACAAGUCUUUUUGUGUGUCAUUAACGGAAUAAGAACGAAUAUAAUAAUUUCCAGCGUUACAAUUAUUCUAGGACUAUAGUCUAACUUAUUAGCUAUUAAAAUGAAUUAGAGCAGCUCUUUUAUACAUUACUUCCGAAGUUAUUUGCUUUAACUCUCUAGGUUGUGCGUUCCAAUGCACCACACCUCUCACGAAUAAUGAAUUACUGUACAACGAAGUCCGAUGAGUUGGAACUAUGAAAUUCCGCGUGCGAGAUCCUUGCCAAGCUGUUAAUUUGUCGUAGAGAUACGAUGGACACUGACGUUGA